CUGUUUCAUCUCUGUCAUCAACUGCUCCUUCCAAGUCAAGCAUCCAUGGCGACGACACCUCCAGCUCUGUUUCUCCUCUGUUUCACUCUCUUCAUCAUCUCCUCCACCUCAGAUCCCGACAUGCUCCAAGAUCUCUGUGUCGCCGAUCUCUCCUCAGGGACCAGAGUGAAUGGCUUCGCUUGCAAGAACCCGAACAACGUUACGGAAUCCGAUUUCUUCUUCGGAGGGCUUGCCAAUCCAGGGCUCACCAACAACACCAUGGGCUCGCUAGUCACUGGAGCCAACGUCGAGAAGAUUCCCGGGCUGAACACGCUCGGCGUCUCGCUCUCGCGCAUUGACUACGCCCCUGGUGGACUCAACCCACCCCACACACACCCACGUGCCACCGAGAUCAUCUUCCUCCUCGAGGGCACCCUUGAGGUAGGGUUCAUAACCACGGGAAACAAGCUAAUCUCUAAAUCCCUCAAGAAAGGCGACGUCUUUGUCUUCCCCAAAGGACUCGUCCACUUCCAGAAGAACAAUGGCGACGUUCCGGCCUCUGUUAUCGCCGCUUUCAACAGCCAGUUGCCCGGGACUCAGUCCCUCGGCGCCACCUUGUUCGGGUCUACCCCAUCUGUUCCAGACAAUGUCCUCUCUCGAGCUUUUCAGAUUUCAACCAAAGAGAUCAAGAAGAUCAAGUCCAGGUUCCAACCAAAGUAACGAUCUUUGAUUCCAGCAGCUACCCAUUUCAUGUUCAAUAAUGUAUGUUUGUAUAAAGAACAGGAACAAGCAUAUUCUGAUGCAUCAUACUCUGCAUAUUUUUGUCCUCUCCUGUGUCCAUUCUGAUGUCUUGGAAGUUGUUCACCUGCAACAUUAUUCUGAUGUUGAUCUGAAACAUUAAUAAACGUAUUUUCAUUAUC